AUGGAAGAAACUCUUAAACAAUAUUUGAACGAGUACUAUAGAGGUUUUACAGGUUUCGAGUUGGAACAUAUAGAAGACUUUACAAAAUGUUUAAAAGAAUAUAAAAAAUUUAACUUAGAAGAAUACGAAAUUUCACACUUGGACAAAGAUAUGUUAUUUCCGCCAGGCGACAUAAAAAUAGGUGUCCGAGAUGCAAGAACAACAAAAGGGAGCAAUAUAUACAAAGAUAUUUUAAUGGAUAUCGCAAUCUUCACAAUGAAAAUGGGCGGCGAAAACGUUAAAAGAAUCUUGGAAACAAUUCUCCUAGAAAAUUCUCAAGCAAGCACGACAACACAGGACGGAGUAACAGCAGAUAAAGAAAAAGGAGCAAUAACGAAUAAAGAAGAAGGAGCAACAACGAAUAAAGAAGAAGAAGAACAAAAAAAAUAUGAAUUUUUAAGACAUUAUCUACUACUUUUUUACAAGGACUUCAAAGGAUUUGAAAUACAUCAUCUAGAUGAUUUUACAAAUGCUAUGAGAAAGAAUAGCAGAGUUAAUUUAGCAGAAUAUGAAUCAACGUAUAUGGAAAGAGAUUUAAUAUUUCAACCAGGAGAAAUGGGAGAAGGCAUUAUAAAUGGAAAAAGAAAAAAGGGUAACGAUAUUAUCAAAGACAAUUUAAUGGAUAUCGCUACUUUUACAAUGAAAAUGGCUGCCGAUACCACCAAAAAACUUUUGGAAAUUGUAUUCGAAACCCUUCAGAAACGACUCAGAGAAAAAAAUGCCGCAGUAGAAGAAUUACAAAAAACCAAGAACGAAUUAAAUUCUACGAGGGCUAAAUGCAACGAAUACAAAGAAAAGAUAGACAAUUUAGAAAAGGAAAAAAAGAUGGCAGAAGAACGAAUAAAAAAACUAGAAAAUGACGUGCUAAAUUUGAAAAAUUCUGAGAAGAAUACAUCAACGAGUGAGAUUUCCACAUCCAGUAAACCGAAAAGUAAGACAAAAAGCCAUGAUCGACGCAGAAAAUCAAAAAAAAAGAAAUCAUCCACACAAGAAAUUAAAAAGGGGAAGAUCACCGAAAUUCCGGUUCAAACAACUUCCGAUGAUGAUUAUCUGAAAAAACAUUUUUCCGAAAGAUCACGUGACUUAAAAUUUUACGAUUUUCCAGCCUAUUGGAAGGAUAAUGAAAUCUAUGAUUCGCUAAAACAAAUAGGAUAUAUAGAAAAAUUAGAGUGUAAAUGGAACUACAAAUAUAGGACUGUUCGAGCUAGAAUCCGCCUCACAACAGAAAUGGAGGAAAUCUUCAUCAAAGGCGGACCUAAUAUAGCGAUCAAGAAAAAAGAGCAGACUUAUUUUUUUAGGAUGUUCGACGCGAAAAUGAGUACUACUGAAAUAAAGAAAAAAUAUGAAUGGCAAGGAUACAAAAAAUUUAUAGAUUUACCAGGGAGACCAGAACAUGAAGGAUUAAAAGCAGAAAACUUAAAAUACGGUGGCCUUUUUUCAAAAAUUAUCAAAAUAAACAAAAUUAAAUACAUUUUGAUAUAUUUUAAAGAUGAAAAGGAUUUAAUGAAAGCAAUUUACAACUCGACGAUGGAAGAAGAAAACAUGGAAAAUGGUUUGAAGAUCAAAAGUCAAGACGAAUUGAUCACUGAAAAUGGAACAUACAAAAAACGUUUCGGCAUCAAUAAAUUCAAUAUCCCACAAAAACCAAAGGACGGAUUUGUUGACGCAACUACUGACUUAAUCUCAACGGUUCCAAGAACUUCAGAAGAACACGACGAGUUAGAUAAUUUAAAUAAUAAAUUUAAAGAAAGAUUAGAUGAAUUAGAGACAACACCAACCACGACACAAAGAAAGGGAAAAAAGAAAGUAACAGAGCUAUCGGACGAUGAUGAUGAAGAAAUGAAAAAUGAAAACAAAAAGCGAGUAGUGCGUAAGCAGGGAGAAAGGGAAAAUUCUGAUACAGAAUGA